AGGCCAGACAGGACUUGCCCAUGUCCUUUACUUGCUCUGUCACUGACCCACCGCCAGUACCAACGCAUUUUGGGAAGUGACUGAACUUCUCUGGGAUGUGGUAUCCAAAUCUACAAGGUGGAAAUAACGAUAGUUGUCUCCCAGCAUUGUUUAGAUUUUAAAUGGUUGUAUGUAGUGGUAGAGAUGAAAACUGGUAUCUUCUGCGAGGGAGGAGUGGGAAAAGGCAUAGAGGGGCUUUCUGGAACCAUGAAAAUGUUGUCUGUCUGGAUCCGAGUAGUGGCUAUACAGAUGCAUGUACUGGCCCAAACGCAUCAAACUGUGCACUUCAAAUAUGCUUUAUGGUGUGAAAAUUAUCUUUGAAAAGGUAUCGGAACGUAAAAGUACACUGCAGUCUGCAGUAUACUUAGACUUUUUUUGUGUUUCACAGUAGGUGCCUUACAGAAUGCCAGAUCAUUUCCCAAAACACUUAUUUUUGUGUAAAUUACAUCUAAAAAGGUACUUUAAAAAGUAUUUCAAUUUUGGGCAAUUUUCCCUAACUGCCCCCCAGCCUUACCUCCAAACCCCACAACUAUAAGCCUUCAUUCCCCCCACUCCCCGCCCUAGGUCUUUAAAGUUUUUAGAAACUCUUUAUUCUCAUCAGCUACUUCUAUCAUCCCAUGGACAAGAGUUUUUCUGGGAAGAAUGGUUGGUGAUAACCAUUAGUGUGGGGUUUCUGGGGACUGAUUUCAAAGGAAAGCUGGAGGGGAGGGGUCCCACAGAGACCCCAGGUGAGUUAAGCUUGAGGUUCUGAAAACGUGCCUUCUUAUGAUAUAUUCACCUGAUGAUGCAGGAAUGCUUCUGGAGAAAACACUUUUCUCUCCAGAAGCCUGUUCUUCCUGUCAUUCUGCAGGGCCCUGACAUGAGUCCUCCCGUGGGUGAUUUCCAGGCCGCUCUUCUGGGGGGAUGGGGGUCGAGAGGGUUGGUCAUUGCCUGUGCUAUUACCGAUUGAUGGACAGUGGGUUGCCCCUCAUUAGUCCCUUCUCCUGUUGAAAAAUAACAUUUGUAUUUUACCCAUCAUACAUGUAAUCCAUGUUAAUUGUGGGAGAUCCAGAAAAGAUAGAAAGGCAUAAAGAAUUUUAAGAAAUCCUUUUUCAGGAUCAGGGUAUAGUUUUUUAAAGUUUUGUGCUGUCAAAACCCCCAGGAGUAUGCCUAUAGUCAAAGUUGGCUUUCUCUCCUUAUUGCCAUGAGGGAGAACCACAGAGCCUCUCGGAAAGAGGAUUGGGGCUUGCCUUGGGUGAUUCGGGGGAGGAUUCAGGGAAGUAGGGUUUUGCUCGAUAUUGAAUGCUGUCAGGAGGGAGGGUUAAUUCUGUGACUGGGUCUCAGUAAUUCCUGUUUUGAAGGUGGGAAGAAUGGAGUGGGGCUGAAGCUCUAACUGGUAAAGAAGCAGCGGUGAGUUGCCUCAAUCAGGAUAUGGGGAGGUUUGGUCAUUUUUGUGUUUGGGGCGACGUUCUUGUUUUUGUCUGCGUUCACGCAUAAUUAUGGGGUAGUCUUGUUUGUGCCUUGAUCCAUCAGCCACCGAGUAGCCUCGUCAGAUGGUGACGUGCUAUGAAUUGUUCACGUUCAGGGCGAACCUCACGGCCCAGAUAGGAGUGCCAGGCCAGGUUCUGGCCGUCAGGCUGCCUCCCCUUUGCUGUGCCCCAGAUCGAUCAAAGAAGAUUCAGCCCACUCUUGGACACCUCCUGCCAUAGGCCUUUACCUGCCGAAGAGAUGUUUUCUUUGAGUACUCGGGUGCCAGGUCCCAGUCUCCUUCCUAGGCCUGCUUAAAUCAGCGCAGCCGUUGCUUUGAGAUGGACACAAGAACUGGCAGUGCCAUUAAGGAGACUGUCAUCGGAUCUGGCUGUUUUGGGAGGUGCUGGUACAGGAAGUCUCUAUUUUGCAAUAACUUUGUUUCCAAGGGUUUUUAAAUACCUGUUUCAUCCCCAGAAACACUUCCCCCUCUCCCCCCAGCAGAAGGUGUCAGGAGUGGUAGUUGGGACCCCACUGAAUUCAUAAAGGCUAAUUUCACUUGCAGUUCAGCUGAAAGAUAGCACUUUCUGCCAUCCAGUGGCGCAUGGCAAUAAGGAGACUGAGAGAGACCCGGGCAGUGCUUCAAGCUGCUGUCGGAUGUGCCCCAGGUGUUCGCUUAUAUGAGGAACAGGCGGAAAGGAAGUCCGCCCACCUCAACAGUUAGUGGUAAACUCCUGCUCACGGGUUCAGCAGGAAGAGAUGUCAGGAGAAAGUGUGGUGAGCUCAGCGGUGCCAGCGGCUGCUACCCGCACCACUUCCUUCAAGGGCACGAGCCCCAGCUCCAAGUACGUAAAGCUGAACGUGGGCGGAGCCCUCUACUACACCACCAUGCAGACACUGACCAAGCAGGACACCAUGCUGAAAGCCAUGUUCAGCGGGCGCAUGGAAGUACUCACUGACAGCGAAGGCUGGAUCCUCAUCGACCGGUGUGGGAAACACUUCGGUACGAUACUCAACUACCUUCGUGACGGGGCGGUCCCCUUGCCCGAGAGCCGCCGGGAGAUCGAGGAGCUGCUGGCAGAAGCCAAGUACUACCUGGUCCAGGGCCUGGUGGAAGAAUGCCAGGCAGCCUUACAACAGAACAAAGAUACUUAUGAGCCUUUCUGCAAAGUUCCUGUCAUCACUUCGUCCAAGGAAGAGCAGAAACUUAUAGCAACGUCAAAUAAGCCAGCCGUGAAGCUGCUCUACAACAGAAGUAACAACAAAUACUCGUAUACCAGCAAUUCUGAUGACAAUAUGUUGAAAAACAUUGAGCUCUUUGAUAAGCUCUCUCUGCGCUUUAAUGGAAGGGUCCUAUUCAUAAAGGACGUCAUCGGGGAUGAAAUCUGCUGCUGGUCCUUUUACGGGCAGGGCCGCAAGAUCGCUGAGGUUUGCUGUACUUCCAUUGUCUAUGCCACGGAGAAGAAACAGACCAAGGUGGAGUUCCCAGAGGCCCGGAUUUAUGAGGAGACCCUCAAUAUUUUGUUGUACGAGGCCCAGGACGGCCGAGGACCCGACAACGCGCUCCUGGAGGCCACGGGCGGGGCGGCCGGACGUUCCCACCACCUGGAUGAGGACGAGGAGCGGGAGCGGGAGCGGAUCGAGCGCGUGCGGCGGAUCCACAUCAAGCGCCCCGACGACCGGGCGCACCUCCACCAGUGAGCGAGCGAGCGAGCCGCCUCCCUCCUCCCUCCUCCCUCCUCCCCUGCUCUUCACUCCGAUUCCUGCAGGCUCCGGGCGCCUUCCACUUCCCCCGGAGUCUGGAGAUACUUUUGUAAUAAGCCAGAUGAUGAUUUUGAUAUUUUUCGACCAGGUGACUGUCUUUCCCCAGGUGAAUGCACCCUUGUUCUUAAGCGGAGUCCAAGGUCUCCCCCUUCCGUGGGAAACGGGGAAUCCUUGGAGCCAGGCUUUCUUGGUUCUCGGAGAAAAGUAUGAAUGGGUGUGAAGCGGACGUGAGAGAUGUUGUCUGCAGUAUUUAUUUUUGUGGGUGUGGACUACCUAUUUGAGCUUCGGGGUGGCAUUCCCUCGGGGUUCAGUUGGACGGCUCCGAGGGGGAUCCUGCCAGUUAGUUGGUGGCCACCAGACGUUCUUGUGAGCAUCCUGUGUCGUCGUCCUCCAGCCCAGCACACUGGCUGCCGGUUCCUGUGUGCUAUAGACUGGGCGGCCAUCCGGGGUUUUGCUGGGAGCACCCGCGGCGACAGGAUUUUUGCGCCUAUGGCUUAUUGGUAAAUGAUUGCAGUUUGUGGCGUGGAAGAUAGGACCUAUGAGCUUCGUGCCUCUAACUUGUCCUGGCGUAACUCUGGGUCAGGAGCAGGCCUGUUGCUCCCUGGGCUGACGUGUGGUCCGUGCUCAUUGGGACCCCGCAUGCCUGGCCGAGGGCAGAGCCGUCCCUGGCAGGGAGUGCUGGGGUCCUGGCCCUCUCCCUGAUUCCUGCCCCUUCUACCUGGCCUCCUUGUUGAGCAACCCCGUUGUGGGAAGGCCAUCUGGCCUGGUUACAGGUGGAGCUCACACCGCUGCUUCCUGGGAUCCAUUCCUCCUCCUUCGCCCUUCUCUGUUAAGCUGGGCUGUCUCGGGUAGAAGCCCUGCCUUUUGCUUAGAAAGUGGACGUGGCCCGGACUCUUUCCCCUCCCCGAGCCUGGCAGCCAGGCAGGAAGACCACCCCCACCAACAGUCUCAGGGCACCCAUCACCUGGAGAUCCCUUUUUUGUCUUUGCCUCUGAUUUUUACAGUAUGGAGUGGCCACAAGGAGCAAGAGUUUGAGGCUGUGUACAUCCUUUGUGGUCCAGUUAAGUGUGCGUGUUCAUGUUUAAGGGACGUGUGCGACUGUGGACGGGGACGUGUGCUUGUGGGGCGCAGGGGGCCCGCGCUGGAGCCCGGCUGUCUGCACGGUUGCUUGUGCAAGACGGACGUUCUCGGUGACCUACCUCCCAGUCUCCUCUGCGCCCACGAAGGGACAGAAGUGCGUUGUGGCUGAUGUGGCUGCGACUAGAUUAGGUAGAGUAGUUAAGGGAGAUGUGAACGUGUGUGACGGAAUGGAUGGAAUUUGUCUGUUUUUCAAGGGAAAUGUUACUGUUUUAUACCAAAGGUGUUAACGUGGGCAGCCUUUGACACCAUGUAUUCCAAAAAAAAAAAAAAAAAAAAAAAAAAACGAGUUUAUAUUUUGAAAUGGUUUUUACAGCUUAGGCUUUGCACAUACUGCCUUUCUUGAGACAUAGGCCUUUAUUUUGUAUCCAGCAGCAAAGCCUCCAAUAAAACUAAAACAAUCUUGACUGAACCUAAAAAUCAUGUACGGGGUCGAUGCUUUUUAAACUGUUGUGUGGGAGACUUUCCUACUAAGCCAUUUGGAUUUUAUUAAGUGCACAGGAAAGGGGGCUUAAACACGGUUUCGUAAAUAUUUUAUAUACCGUUUAAGUUUUAAAACACCAACCCUGGCAUUUGGGUUGAACUUUUUUAGAACGUUAAAGCGAGCGUCAGUUCUGAUGUUUUCUGUAGGAAUGGAAAAGCCAUCCUAUGAAUUGUGUUUUUAAAUCUUUCUGUGAAGAGUACGUCUGUGGAACAGUCGGAUUUGUUUGGGCUUCUACACCGUCUGAGCUAAUGUUUCUGGCAGUCUUUACACUUUUCCUACACUUUGCACUUGUUCAUUUUGCGUCUUUGCUUUCUCGGGAACGGAACAGGUUCCCGAAACAUUCCAUGGUGAGGGAGGCCGUUAGCUGCGGAGCCAGGAGCUGACAGGAAGCGUUGGCUGGUCCAAGCUCUGUCGGCAAACGUAUUCUACGAGGAACUGAUUGUCAUGCUAGCACGAAGGGCAAACCAAGGUCAGUAUUUAUACUGAAGAACCAUCUAAGUAAAAACACUGGCCUAAGAUUUGGUAAAGUGUUUUAUUACAGUGUAAGAGCUUACAGUUAAAGUAGAACAGCUUUGGGUCCCUUGUCCAGAGGUCCUUGUUGGUGGGGACCGGGGGCCUGUGCCCAAGACAAUCCUGGAGUAGCCUCUUCUGUCCCCCUCCCCCACGGUAGCAGGUAAGCAGCCUGGCUGAGGGGCAGGUACCCCCCCCCCCCUCGGCUUAUGCGUGCUGGCUUGCACCUCACAGCAGCUGCUCGGGACCCAAGUGUCAGCACCGCUCCUCCACCCUCCCUUAGGGCUCCACCCAGCGUCACCGUAGCGCGCCUGUGUGUCACUAACCUUUCUCUCUGUGCUAUGAGAAGAAAUGCUAUAAACGUUAGAAGUAGUCACUGUAUGUUGUACAAGCAUUUGUGGACGUGUAAAAUAAAAGUUACGUAAUGCUUCUGUUGAAA